AUGCUUAGAUUUGGGAGAUUAAAUUGUCCCAAAUUGAAUAUCAGUUCACGAUUACUAUACUCAACGAGUUCUCAAGUAGUUAAAAAGGUCAUUGGUAUCGAUUUAGGUACAACAAAUAGUGCUGUUGCAUAUAUCCGUGAUUCAAACGAUAAGAAAUCAGCUACUAUAAUAGAGAAUGAUGAAGGACAACGAACCACACCAUCAAUAGUUGCCUUUGAUGUUAAGAGCUCACCACAGAACAAAGAACAGAUGAAAACCUUGGUAGGGAUGGCAGCUAAGAGGCAAAACGCGGUUAAUGCUGAAAACACCUUCUUUGCCACAAAGAGACUCAUUGGUCGUGCGUUUGAUGACAAGGAAGUUCAACGAGAUAUGAGUAUCAUGCCAUACAAGAUUGUCAAGUGUGAAUUUAAUGGGCAAGCCUAUCUUAGUACGUCAAAUGGGCUCAUUCAAUCACCCAGUCAAAUAGGAUCUAUACUGUUGAAGUAUUUGAAACAAGUCUCAGAAGAAUACUUGGGAGAAGAAGUAAACCUGGCAGUUAUUACAGUUCCAGCGUACUUUAACGAUUCUCAAAGACAAGCUACAAAAGAUGCCGGUAAACUAGCCGGGCUCAAUGUUUUGAGAGUUAUCAAUGAACCAACUGCAGCUGCCUUGAGUUUCGGAAUUGAUGAUAAAAGGAAUAAUGGACUAGUUGCAGUUUACGAUUUGGGUGGUGGUACAUUUGAUAUAUCAAUCUUGGAUAUUGAAGAUGGUGUUUUUGAAGUUCGGGCUACUAACGGUGAUACGCAUUUGGGUGGGGAAGAUUUUGAUAAUGUUAUUGUAAACUAUAUCAUAGACACAUUUAUUAAGGAAAACCCUGAAAUUACACGGGAAGAAAUCACAAAGAAUAGGGAGACCAUGCAAAGGUUAAAAGAUAUAUCUGAAAGAGCUAAGAUAGAUCUGUCACAUGUAAAGAAAACCGUCAUCGAACUUCCAUUCGUGUAUAAGAGCAAACAUUUACGGAUGUCAAUGACAGAGGAAGAGCUGGAUAACAUGACUUUAUCAUUAAUCAAAAGAACUAUCCCACCUGUGAAGCAGGCGCUAGUAGACGCUGAUAUUGAAGCAGAAAACAUAGAUGAGGUGAUCCUUGUUGGUGGUAUGACACGUAUGCCCAAAAUCAGAUCUGUUGUAAAAGAUCUUUUUGGUAGGUCUCCCAAUUCUAGUGUUAAUCCGGAUGAAACUGUUGCACUGGGUGCAGCUAUUCAAGGUGGUGUCCUAUCUGGUGAAAUAAAGAAUGUUUUACUUUUAGAUGUUACUCCAUUGACAUUAGGUAUUGAAACAUUCGGAGGAGCAUUUUCGCCCUUGAUACCUAGAAAUACAACAGUUCCGGUGAGAAAAACUGAGAUAUUUAGUACUGGUGUUGAUGGUCAAACUGGGGUUGAUAUUAAAGUUUUUCAGGGUGAGAGAGGAUUAGUUCGUAAUAACAAAUUGAUUGGUGACUUGAAGCUUACUGGUAUCACACCUUUACCUAAGGGUAUUCCGCAAAUAUAUGUUACAUUUGAUAUCGAUGCCGAUGGUAUCAUUAAUGUGUCAGCUGCUGAGAAAAGUAGUGGGAAGGAACAAUCCAUAACUGUGAUACCAAAUUCUGGAUUAAGUGAGCAGGAAAUUGCAAAAUUGGUGGAAGAAGCAAAUGCUAAUAGGGCUCAAGAUAACCUGAUUAGACAAAGAUUAGAACUUAUUUCCAAAGCCGAUAUUAUGAUCAGCGACACUGAGAAUUUGUUCAAAAGAUACGAAAAACUAAUUUCUAGUGAAAUGGAGUACCCCAAGAUUGUAAAUGAUAUCAAGGCUGUUAAACAAGCCAUAAAGGAUUUUAAGACCAACGAAAAUGAUAUGUCAAUUGACGUGAAUGGAAUAAAGAAGGCUACUGAUGCACUACAGGGCCGCGCAUUGAAGUUAUUUCAAAGUGCGACAAAACAUCAGCAGCAGUAG